ACUUCUACGCUUGGACAACCCAGUGCUUUCUUCCGGUGCGUUCCUUGAGCCUUGUUUAUUGUUUGUCUCAUUGGGCGACAGAAACAAAACAAGUCUGCUGCCAGAGUCAAGGAAAGCGAGAUGUGAGCAACCACAAGGAGUCCUGAUGCAAAUGUACCAGGUCUCCUAUGGAAAAGAGGCAUGGCUUGACAUUUGUUCUUUGCUGCUUUUUGUCUUUGUGUCUCUAGUGUGUAUUCUGUGUUCAGCAGAUUGAGCUGGAAGUUAUGGAGGAGGAGGGUGCUGAGAUCAAGAUGGAGGAAGUUUGUGGUGAGUCAGAGCAGCUUCUGCCACCCGGUUCGGACACAACAGGAGCUUUCACCUUUGGGGAUGACCUUGCUCCUGUGGAGGAUAUUCUUUUAAAAACCCAGAGCGUUUCUGUGAGCCUAGGCUCUGAUGGGGAAGAGGUUGAGCCAACUGCUUCUCUCUCAGGCAAGGGUAAGAAAUUGAGGAGCAAGAGAAAGGUGCAGCAGGACUCGAAGUCUCGUCCUAGAAGGAAGAGAAUGAGGCUGGAAGUUAAUGGCAAAAGUCAAGCUUCUAAGGCACUUAAUUGCCCAAGCUGUUCCCUGGAGUUUGCAGAUCCCGAAUCUCUUCACUAUCACCUGAAGCGGCAAAAGUGCAGAAAGUCUGUGUCAGAGAAGGAAUCAAAUUCAAGUGGAUCCUUAGCUCCAUAUGGAUGUGCUGUAUGCGAUAAAGUAUUCCAGUCCAUGGAUCUCUUAUUUAGACAUUCAUGUCAGCAGAAUCACCGGGUUCACAUGUUUCGCUGCUCAAUUUGCUCUGCUGUGUUCGAUAGCACAAGUCUCCUUUCAGACCAUGUUGGUCAGCACAAUAUCCCAAAGGCUUUUCAAUGUGGUCUUUGUGGAUCAGGGUUUCAUGAGAACAAUCUACUGUUAAAUCACCUAAAAACUUGUGACAAAGAGCAAAAGUCUUGGUAUAAUUGUUCUGUGUGCUCUCUGCAAUUUUCAGAAGUUUCAGAUUUAGGACAUCAUGUGAAAACCAUACAUCCUACAAAAAUGAAACAAUAUCGAUGUGGGAUCUGUCUCAAAGACUUUUCUAACAAAGUCAAGUUCACGGCUCAUGUAACAUCACAUAAAAAUGAGCAGGAAGAAGCAUUUCAAAGACGUCAAACAAGGUCUGUUUCUGCAAAUGUAAAUGUAGCUGUUGCUCUGAAGAAAAAAUGCAAAACGUCAAAUGGUUUUUCCACACUCAAAACCAAGGAAAAGCAGAAAAAGAGAGCAGUCACUUCUUUGAGAGUCAAGCUGGUAAAGAUUCCAUCUGAUGAGGAAAACAAUGAUAAUAUAGAGGGAUUUUCGGAUACUCCUGAAGAUGACGAAGAACUAGAAAAACAAGCAGAAGAGGAGUUAGAGUUUGAUCAGCCAGAGUCUGUCGAUACUGAUCAAACGUUUGACUGUGAUGAGUGUGGAGUGAGGCUUUCGUCUGCCAAGGCACUGCGAAAUCACCGUGAAUUUCACCCAUCCAAUGAUAACUACAGUGUAGACUGUGACAAGUGCAACACGACCUUUGUGAGUCUGAACCUGCUUAAGGCCCACUUACAAGAGAAAGGAUGUGAAGGUUAUCGCUGCACUCAGUGCCCCCGAUCGUUUGCAUUGGAAGCCUUGCUUCUAGUGCAUGUUGCAAGAGCACACUCUGACCCCAGCGAUGAAGUCUUGUCGUGUGAAAACUGCCCGAAAACCUUUACCUCUAUGCUCAAAUUCUCUCGUCAUGCAGGUACUCAUGCAAAGAACAAACCAUUCCUGUGCAAGAUGUGUGGUCAUCGCUAUGUGCAUCCUGAUCAUCUUUUUGUGCAUCUGAAGAAAAUCCAUGGCAUUGAUAAAGAAAAGUGCUUGAGAAAAAAGGUCCAAUGUAAAGUUUGCAAUAAAGAGUUUGCAGAUGAUCAGGCCCUCACUUUUCACAGUAAGUACCACAGUGAGGAAGAAGUUCAGAAUGCAAAAGGCACUCAGAGGAUGCUGGAGAAAGUUGAAUCACCAGAGGCAGUGUCAGAAAUUAAAGACUUUGUCGAAGUGGACAAUACAAAAGAGUACAACGUAGAUGAUGAGUACUUUGACUGUGAUGUGUGUGGAGAUAGAUUACUGGAUGUCAAGGAUUUUGUCAAACACCGAAAUGAUCAUUUCUUCAACAGUAAAUUCACCAUACAGUGCCAUUGCUGUGGAGAAACAUUCGCGAAUGUCGCUGACAUCAAGAAACAUGUUAAGACGAAAAAAUGUCCAGGUUUCAAGUGUAGUAAGUGCAAACGGUCUUUUGGCUUGCAGACUGCCCUUUUGAGCCAUGAGGCCAAAGAGCAUGCUUUUGAAGCUUUAGAAUCAGGUGUAUACAAAUGUCACAAGUGCCUAAAAUCAUUUGAGAACCGCAUGGCUUACAUCCGCCAUGCUGCGACCCACGCUGACAUCAAAUCGUUUCAGUGUAGUCUGUGUUGCAGCUGGUAUACAACAGUGGAAUAUGUCCAAACACACAUACGCUUGUCUCACAAACCUGAACAUGAUGGCAUGAGUGCUAAUUUUGAGUGCGAAAACUGUGGUGUAUCUUUCCGAAGCCAGGAAGCUUUAGACAAUCAUAAAAAAUAUCAUUCUACCUCCGCAGAGGAUUCAAUGAGUAAUGGAAAAGUGCAGGGCAGGUCCUACUACAGUUGCAACAACUGUCCUAAGAUUUUCUGGCGCUACAAUGCAUUGGUGAAGCACAUGAAGAGCCAUCUGAAGUCUUUGACCAAAAAGAAGAAAUCGCUGAUGUGCAGCAUCUGCAAGAAAACUUUUCGGGAGAAUUACGAGCUCCAACGCCACGUUGGUACGCACACACGUCCGUACUUGUGUAGCUCAUGUGGCAAGUCUUUCUCUCUACCCUGGUCUCUAAAAGAACACAUGAAAGCCUACCACAGCAAGGAAAACCCCUACAGGUGUGAGUUUUGCAAUAAAAACUACAGCACCAGCAACUCUCUCCGACUGCACAGACGGAUUCACACUGGAGAGAAGAACUUUCAAUGUGAGUUCUGUGAAAAAGUUUUUGUUGAUCUCAGCUACCUUAAAUCGCAUAAGAAAUCUCACUUUCCUGAUAAGCCGUUCAAAUGUACCAUCUGCAGUUACAGUUCCAAGCACAAAAGUGGCUUGUCUCGUCACAUGCUUAGUCACAAACAGGAGAAGAACCACUUCUGUCCCAUAUGUCACAAGGCAUUUACUCAGCGAGGCCAUGUCAAAACCCACAUGAAGCUGCAUACGAAAAUAAAAAACCAUGUCUGCACGGUUUGUGGCAGCGCAUUUGCUCGGCACGACUACCUCAAAAUCCACAUGCGCACUCACACCAAUGAAAAACCGUAUUCGUGUCCUGUGUGCAGCAGAGCAUUUGCCAUGUCCAGUAACAUGCUGUCCCACAUCAAGAAGACUCAUCCGGACUACAACUAUCAAUACAAACACUUGAGAGUGAACUAUAACAAACCACCUCCCGGUGUCCUGGAGUCCUCUGAAGCUACCGAGACUGUUGGAGGUGGUGGGGAUGUCGCACUGAUGUUUCCGGAGAACUCGGCUGUUACUGAUACUGGGACCAUUCCCCAGCAGCAAAGUUCAUCCAUGGUACCAGUCACGGCAGCGGUUGAGGAAAGCAUUGGUCAGCACCCACAGUUGCCUAGUAUGGAGCCUUUACAUGACUUAACCAGGCAUGGCAAUUUGGACAACUUAAACAGGCAUCCCUCCGUCUCUAGGGACAUUGUGAGGCUCCCUAAUAUCUCUGAGGACAUGAUGAGACAAGGAGCUGGGGGAAAUGCCAUGGCUCGUUUUUCAGGUCUCGGUAAUGACUUGGUCAGACAUGGGGGCGAUAUGGUCAGACAUGCUAAUAACAUGGCCGCUCGACAUGCAAGUGAAAUGACCAGGCCUUCUCCAGCUGAUAUGAUCAGGCCAGUGAAUAUUGUGGGAAAUGACAUGCAGAGACUGGGUGGGGGUGAGAUUUCAAGGGCUAAUACUGACAUGACAAGGCAAGGGGGGUUUGUGGCUCCUGGACAGGAGUACAUGUAUGUCUACCCAAACUUUUCUCAAGGCCCAUAUAUGCAGGACUUUCUACAGCCUUAUCACAAAAAACGUGUGGUGACAAGGUAUGGUCUUGAAUGCAUGAUCUUUCUGAUCAGUUAUGUUCUUAAAAUUGUAAUGAAUCCCUAUGAUAGUCAGAAAAAGCUGACCAUGGAAGGGGCAAUGCCAGGCGCUGCUUCCACCUCAGUUCCUUCCUUCUAUAUGCAUUCCAUUCCUUACACGGCUCCCGUGUUUCCAGCUGCACCCAUGGCCCCGAACCCCUAUGGCUUUUCUUUGGAUGGUUCUUCAUAUCCACACCAAACUGUCCACUGCUCACCUCUCAAUGUGCCUAAAAUGAACAGUGGAAAUACCUUAGCCGAUAUUCGACACUUGAAUAUGACGGUUGCCAAGCCCAGUCCAGCGCCCCCCAUAGACCCUGCCAGCAUAGCUUCUAACUGUGUCAGUGCUGGGAACAUCCUCCCUAGUCAUGUUGAGAUGGGAAGAACUUCCUUGGAUGAUGUUCUCAACACGGCUUCUGGUUUCAGCAAUGAUGGCCCUCUUGCCGCAUCAUUACUGGCAGGAAAAUGUGCAUAUUCUGAGAGUCAGUCUUCAGGCGUAAUUGCUGGUUCCCGAUUUAACCACCAGGUGCAACCAGAAAGCCAAGGACUACAGCCUAGGGCUGGUUUAGUUAGUUAUGGUGGUGAUGAGUGCCUUAAGGUGGAAAAAGAAGAUAAUAUAGAGUGCAGGGUGACUUCACCUCCUUCACCAGUACAGGUUGUCAGUGAAAAGAAUUCAAGAACUGUGAAUGCAGACAUUUACAAAUGUGGUAUUUGUGGUGAAUCUUUCUGCAACAAUGACCACUUAUGCAGUCACCUGGCUUCUCAUACGAGUUCUAUGCCUUAUCAGUGCGGUCUGUGUGGUAUUGCCUUUUUCGAAGGUAGCCUCCUCACUAAACAUGUGCAGGAAUUCCAUUCUCCAAAGGAUCCGUAUCAGUGUGGUAUCUGCUCCGCUACAUUCUCGGCCAAUACAGAUUAUUGUGAGCACAUGAAGGCUUGCAGUGAUAUUUACAAUGGCAGUGCCAAGGAAAAAGUGGAAAAGCUGAUGAUAAAAAAUUUAAGUACCACAGAUUUUGCAGCUGAUGAUGACCCUGGGGACUCGUCCGAGCCAGAACGUGAGCACUAUGAUGAGUCAGGAAAUUAUUCAAAGUCAAUAGUAGACGAGCUAGGUGGACAGAGAGAAGCGUCGUCCACUAUUCUCGUGGGAGCAUCCGGUGAGUUUAGCAUGAGGAAAAAACGCACGAAGAUCGUUAUGGAAGAUGUGGAUCUCAGCUCUGUGUGCACGGUUAUUGUGGAGCCAUCCAGUGCGGGAGGGGAGAGAAAGAAGCAUGUGUACAAAUGCAAGUUUUGUGAUAAGCUAUGCAAGGAUCGAGGACAAAUUGUGAGCCAUGUGCGCGUGCACACAAAAGUGCGACCGUAUGAGUGCAGUGUCUGUUUUAUGAAGUUCAAGCAGUAUGGGCAUCUCAGGGACCACAUGAUGCGCCACACAAAGGAAAGGCCCUACGUGUGUGACCGAUGUGCCAAGUCGUUUCCCCGAAGCUCGCAUUUAUCAGAGCACAUCCGCCUGCGGCAUACAGAGGACAGGUUGUACCAUUGCCCUGAGUGCAGCGAGACUUUUCAGAAGAGGAAAGACUUCUCCAAGCAUAAACGUUCCCAUGGCCGAAAGCCAAAAUACCAAUGCAACAUUUGCUCCAAAAAGUUUUUCAAUGUGACCGACUAUGAACGCCAUUGCCGAAGUCACACAAAGGAGAAGCAGUUUGAGUGUGAGGUGUGUCACAUGACUUUUGGACUCCUGGCCAAUGCCAAGAAACACAUGAAGGUCCACAGUCAACACAAGCCUCACAAGUGUCCUGUAUGUGGAAAGGCUUUUCAUUUCUCUAAUGAUCUGAAGCGCCAUGAGGCCACGCACCUAAAAAAGAAACCUUUCCCAUGUUCUGAUUGUUAUAAGUCCUUCAAAACCGAAGCAUUACUUAAAGCUCAUUCCAAAAUUCAUGUUAAAGAAGAUGCAAAUAAUACAGAGAGACCAUUCCAGUGUAAGACAUGCAAGAAAUGUUUCAAAUUAAAGUGGGAUUUGGCUAGACAUGAGAAAACUCACUUGAAAAAGAAGCCUUUCCCUUGUCCAGAUUGUUACAAAUCCUUUGGCAGUGAGGCAAUGCUGAAGAAACACAGCAGAAUGCAUGUUGGGGUGAAUGUCAAAGUUGGGAAUGAGGAUGAAAACUUCCAUUGUAAGAAUAACUUUGAAGAAGAUGAGGUCAGUGAUGAUGGAAAGGAAGAAGAAAGUUCAUGAAUUGGCCAAGUCCAAGUGGUUACCGGCCACUUUUGAACCUAUGUGUUUAUGCAAGACACACUGUCUUCAUUGCUUGGAUUGUGCAAGGUCUCAUACCAAUUUUUUUAAUGAUUCUGAGUAGGAUGUGAUGAAGGGUGCCUUUCAGAAGCUGAGAAGAUGAAUGAAUUCAGCAUUUUUUUAAAAGGAUAAUUAAAUUAUGCUUUCCCAAGAUUCUUUUGCUUUUACCUUCAAAGAGAAAAUAGUCUAAAUCCAAAAGAGUUAUGUAAGUUAAGUUACUGAUUAACGUCUUGAAAGGCCUGAAAAUAUUAUGGAAAGUUUUGUUUCUUUGUUCAUCUUUUCAUUCUGUAUGUGUGUUAGUGUUAGAGUGGUCUUGAUGUGCUGGCUUGAGCGAAAUAGUCUUUCAUAUAUACUGUGUCUGAGCAGUCCUUGAGUUCAAUAUAUAGAUAAGUGUAUGAAUAUGAAUGUAUAGUGUUUUUCCGUAUGAAUGUAUAUAUUUCUAUACAGUCGAACUUGUCUUAACGGAAUCUCCCCGCUCCCCCCUAGAUAUAUUCUUCUUUUUAAUUACCUUUAUAAAACGGUAACCUGUCCAACACGGACACGGAAAGAAAAAUUCGCUCCCUUCCGAGGAAUCACCUGUCUAAGAUGGAAAAUGCUUUGCCUGCUCAGCCCUGAUUUGAAACAAAACUCGCUAGUUUGGUUCCGACGGCUCUAAACCUAACGCCAUGGCCAUGCCGCUGGACAAGGAAGGGGAGUAGGGGUGCAAUUUGGAGGAAGAUGUUACCCCAUCAUGUGAGCCCUGAGCGAUGCAGAUGGUCAGGGUAGUGUGGAUGUGAAAUCUCACAACUGCCCGUGACAGUGCUUGGGUAGUGAGCCACUACGGAAACUUUCCUGGGUAGCCAGAAGCCAAAGGUGUGAAAUUAGAUUGACCAAUGCCUGCCGCG